AUGUCGACUCCAUCAGGUGUACUCAUCACGGAUGAAUGUAUAGCCGCAUACAGAGAGCUGCUCUUCACGCGCGGGCCUCUCAAGCCCAAGUUCGUGCUCUAUAGGAUCUCCGACGACGAACGGUCGAUCAUCGUGGACGAGCGGUCGUCCGAGACAAGCUACGAAGCGUUCCUUGGGAAGCUCACCUCGGCGGUUGACGGGGAAGGCCACCAGACACCUCGAUACGCGGUUUACGAUGUGGAGUACGACUUGAAUGAGGACGGUCGCCGAGCAACAACGGUGUUCAUCAGCUGGAUGCCGGAUGCCACGCCGAUGCGGCGCCGGAUGCUCUAUGCUUCGAGCAAAGAGCAGCUGCGAAGGGCCCUCGAUGUCAAGAUUUCAAUCCAUGCGGAUAAUGUACAUGAUAUUGAGUGGAGGACGGUCUUGAGGGAGGCGAGCGGUGGUCGGCUUUGA